AUGUCGAAAGCGAGGAAUGGGCCGGGCACAGGCGGGAAGCCUCGCCGCGAUGUGCUGGCAUCGCUCAAAAUGGCCUCUAUGGAGGAGAUCUCCAGGGCUUCUCUCCCCGCAGAGAUAAUGUCUUCGAUCCUCGACCAUCUCUCACCCGUCGACCUUAUUCGAGCGGCCCGAGCAUCGAAGCUCUUGCGCGAAAUGGCGUACGAUGAUUCCCGAUGGGUACAAAGGCUCAAGAGGAUAGGUUGCUGGGACGAAGUGGAGGCUCGCAAGAAUGCGGAAGAGAAAUUCGGAACAAUUGCAAAUAGGGCGAGCAUCGAGCUUCAAGAAUCCGGUGCCGCUCAGCAAGCGCUGGGUCAGCCAGCAAUCGAGGUGACUGCGGUCUCAGACGGGUUCGACAAGAUAAACCUUUCCGCAUCUGCAACCAACGAUGUUGAAGACUUGGAAACCGAUCCGGUUCUUGGGGCGCUGAAACUAUCAAAAUCUAUCCGGGGAGAGGCCCGGCAGGAAUAUGGAAAGAUACAUGCAGCACUGGCACCGUUUUACGACGAUAUCGCCACUCUUGGCCCUUCAUCGGAGAAUCUUCUCUUUCAGAACUAUACAGAGCCCAAACAACAGGCGCAAUUAUUAUUUGAAUUGCAGGCAUUUGCCAAAUGCGACACGACAGAAGGAUGCGAAAAGCGACAUGAGCACCUGCGAACCGCCGUGUCGAUGUUUGAAACGGCCGCAUUGAAGGAGUUCAGGCACGGCUAUGAGACUGAAGAUAUUGACGGCCGAAUGAAGACAUAUGCCCAUGUUCUAUAUACGUUGAAUGGCGGGAGCUCAGCUUCUGAGCUUUUUAUUCAGCACAAUCAUAUAGUCACGAAAAAGUCUGAGCUUGGUAAACCCAGCGACUGUAUUGAUGGAUUGGCUCAGAAGGUGAAGCUUCAUCAGACGCAGGUAUUCUUCACCCGAGUAAGUGUGGCUUUCAAUGAAGAGGUCUCAAUCAUCAACCGUGCCUUUCCACCAGCCCUACAAACAGCCGAGCCGUUUAUCGAGAAGGUGGGUCGUGAUGUGCUUUCCCCUUUUUUAACCGCGAUAUUUGAUGAACUGCAUCGCUCGAACAAGGAGUCGUACCUUGUCUCGGUCUCGAGUACUUUUGCACAGUGCAUGAAUUUAUGUGACAAUCUGCUACCCAUCCAAAACUCCCUCGAUACUUUUGACGAGCUCUUGCAUCGGACUAUUGCCCAGCUAUACGAACCGCACGUGGAUCUAUAUCUGGCUGAGGAGCUCGAUUUCUUCCGAACAGGCUCAGAAGCCUCUGUCGGGGAGUGGGAUAGACAGCUCUCUGAGCAAGCUGCCUCGACCGAAUCGUUCCUACUUUCCAACAUCAACAGACAAGCCGACAAGCGAGAUUUCCUGACCUCCUUUAAAAAGGUGAUCAUGGCGCCAGUAAACAUCCUUCCGAGCUUCUCAGCAAAGCCCAGCGAACAACAAAAGUCGGACCAUGAUUCUUCGGUCGGCGAAGCUGGCUCUACAUCCAGGACAAACCGAUUCUCUACGAUCUCUUCACCUGGCACUCCACCAAUCCAAGAAGCCCCUACUACUGAACUCGCGGCGAAGGCGGCCAUUAUGAAGUCCAAAAUGGAGGGCAUUCGAUCUUUGUUCAGUAUCGAAGUUGCUUUAGGGCUGGUUCAUGCGGCCAAGUCCAGCUUAGAGCGUGCGGCCCAAUUUCUAGUGAUCGGAGGUGAAACAGGCGCCGCGGUCAAACAGCAGUGCGAGGCAAUUUUUGUCGCUCUGUUGCGUAUUCUCGGCCACGGUCACCUCAUUAAAGGUUUCAACAAAGCAGUCGAUCAUCUCUCGGACUAUCGGCCUCGGGAGCAAGCCGACCGUGAUCAAUCUGGGGUUGAGCCGUUGGUGACUUUCCUUGAGCUUGUGAACGUCGGGGAUCUUAUUCUCCAGAUGAUUGACGUCUUCUACGAACAGGAGAUGAUUGGAUCAAACCUCACUGACCGGAAUGACUUUUUGGAUCCAGCGGUGAAGGAGAAGAAGAAGUUUGAGCAAAAUCUUGAUGAACGUGUCGCGGCUGGGUUGAACAAGGGUAUCGACGUUCUUAUGGAGGAAGUGGAUUACAUUCUUGCAACGAGACAGCUGGCAACCGACUUCAACCCAGGUGUCUCUACUGAUCCACACCGGAAAACCAUGGAUGUAAGCGUCACAGAAGCAGCAGCCGCUGUGGUCGACGUUGUUUCAUCACAUACACAAAUGCUCGUUGGGAGCACGGAUAAGAGUACCCUUGAUGUAUUCAACCAGGAAGUUGGUUUACGUCUCUUUACUGCUCUUUGUAAGCACUUGAAGCGUCAGCGGAUCAGUAUCGAAGGAUCCUUGAAGCUGAUCAGUGACAUGAACCACUACUUCAAGUUCAUCCAAAGGCUCAAAAACAACGAGCUACUCAUCUACUUCAAGGCCUUUCGAGAGCUGUCACAGAUCUACCUCAUCGACUCCUCCGAUGCUAAGGAGUUAGCCACCCUCAUUGCUGACGCAAGUCGGUUCUCCGGCAUUUGGCGAGUCGAAGAGGUGUACGAAUUUGCAGAGAGACGAGCAGAUUGGUUCCAAAUCAAGCCAGACGUUGAACGAGCCAUGUAUGGAGUUGGAUGCAGUGUUAUGUGA